CGUAAAUAUAACAUAACCUAGCCUAUAAUUUAUUUCUCGUGCACACAUUCGUGAUUCGUAUUUCGUAGUGUAGAAAGUUUGAUAUGAAAGUGAUAGGUUAUUAGUUCGUUGUUCUGUUCUGUAAUCAAAAAUGGCAAUUGAAGAUGAGGAUUUUGUUCAAUCAGAUGAUGACUUUGACGAUAAAAAACAUGAAAAAUUGCUGGACAAAGUUUUGGGUCUCAAUAAAGCUCAGCAGUUGAAGAAAGCAUCCAGAACUGAACCAGCUUUGCAAAUAUCUGAAUUUGAUUUGGCUAAAUCAGUGACAGGUAAAAAAGGUGUAAUUCAUGUUGAUGAUUUGGCAAAUAUUCUUCAGAAGAAAAAAACGCAUACUGCCAUCAAAAAGAAAGUUGACAGCACUAAACAAAUAUCCAGCACUCUUCCAAAGCCUCUAGAGAAACCAAUAGCAGAUCGAAUCAAUAGAACAGUAGCAUAUGAAAAAGCGAGAGUUGAGUUGGAUCGAUGGGAACCAAUUAUCACAUCUAAUCGAGUAUCCACAGACUUACUGUUCCCUUUACCCACAAGAGACAAAGACAAAUUAGAUUUGACAAAAAAAUGGACUUUAAAAACAACUUUCGAUAUUGAAAUGGAAAAAAAUAAUCCUCAACUUGUAGAAGAAAUUCAUGUUGAUAACCAUCAGGAAACGGUGAAAUUAACACUUGAAGAAUUGAAGAAAAUGAGAAGUGAACAAGCUAAACUUCGAGCUCAUCAAGGUUAUCAGGAAGCUAAAGCUAGAAGACAAAACAAAAUAAAAAGUAAGAAAUACCAUAGAAUUCAGAAAAAGGCCAAAAUCAAGCAGCAGCUCAAAGAAUUCGAAGAGCUGAAAAAAACUAAACCAGAUGAAGCUUUAAAAAGGCUAGAGGAAAUAGAAAGGAUAAGAGCUCAUGAGAGAUUCAGUUUGAGGCAUAAAAGCACUGGAAAAUGGGCCAAGAAUAAGCAGAUUAUUGCCAAGUAUGAUAAAGAGAGUAGAGCAGAGUUAGCCCAACAAUUACAAUUGAGCAAAGAACUAACUCAAAAAAUUAAUAAUGCUAGUGAUUCAGAAGAUGAUUUUGUCCUUCAGAACGAAGAAGGUGGCCAUAAAAAUGGUAUUUUGUGGUCAGACAUAAAUUUACAAUCUGAACCCGAAGUUACUAACUACAUAAACGAUUUCAUUAAAUACUGUGUGAAGAAAGAUACUCAAUUGAAUGAAAAUAGCAGUGAAGACCUCAAGAAAGACAAUUCAGUUGUUGAUGAUUCAGAUCAAGAAAAUACAUCGACUGAAGAAGUCGAUAAUGGCUCUGUAGAAGAGGUAGAGAAUAUCUCGGAAGAUAAAGUUGUAGAAGUAUCAGAAAAUAAAGUCAAAAAAAUAAAUAAGAUAAAAAAAAAUAAUACUGAGAAGAAAAUUGCUUCAGAACAGAUCCAAAUUGAAAGUAAUAAAAAAUCUAAAAAACGGAAAAGACUGUCUUUGGAUACAUCAGCUACUUCAGAAUGGGAUGUCGAACUUGUGGAUGAUAACAUAGAUGUUAUUUUCGAUGAAUUGGAAAAAAAAAUGAACGAUAAAUUGGUAAAAGAAGCAGAUAGAAUUAAAAAACAGGUUGAUCCAAUAAAAUCUGUAAAAAAACAGAAAAAAACUGAAAGUGUUGAAAAAGAAAGUUUGCUAACUCUACCUAUAGAAAGGAAAAGACCUCAAUUAGAUGAGCCAUUAUUGCAAACUUCGAAUGAGGAUCAAGUACCAGAAGGAGAACUAUCUGAUUUGAAUAAUAUUCUGAAAAAAAAGAAUUUGAAAGUUGCGAAUAAAGAAGAUACAUCAAACAAUAGUCAAAAAGUAAAUAAUAAAGAAAAAAAGCAAAAGAUAGUUAUUAGCAAACUAGAUACUAUCAUUCCAGAUUUUAUAACUAAUAUGGAUGAAGAUGAUGAUAAUCCAAAUAAUUUUGAUAUUUUGCAACAAGAACUGAAAGAAGAAGCUGCGGAUUGUUUCCAAACUGAUCUUGUCGAACAAUUCGCCAAAGAUAAAGCUGAUACUAUUCAAAAAGAUAAACCGAAAGAUGUUAAUUUAUUAUUGCCUGGCUGGGGAUGCUGGGGAGGUGUUGGAGUUGUACCAAGCAAAAGAAAACGAAAAAGGUUCAUCGUGAAAGCCCCUAAAAAAGUUCCUAGGAGGGAUGAUAAUAAGGGUUUUCUUAUUAUUAAUGAAGACGCAGAUAAAAAGGUUAAAUCUCACAUGGUUGAUGAACUACCUUUUCCAUUUCAGAGGGUCAAGGAUUUUGAAGCUAGUAUUAGGGCACCAGUUGGAAGAUCCUUUGUUCCUGAGACAGCUUUUCGUAAAUUGACCAAACCGGUUGUUAAAACUAAGUUGGGUGCUAUUAUCGAACCCAUGGAUAAAGAGGUUCUUCUUAAAAGACCCGAUUUUUAAUUUAGUUAAUGUAUAUGUAGCUAUAAAAUUGUAUAUAUUGAAAAUAAAAAAAUUAAAUUGUAAUAAAUUA